AUUUAGGGUGGCACUCCGUGCGUCCCCUCUUGUCACUCUGCCUUCAGCAGCCGCCCCGUGAACAGCUCACCCCUCUCUCCCCUGUCGUGAUGGGCCGUAUCACCCAUCUCCUCUCCGUGCUCCUGCUCUGCGUGCUCCCCGCCCUCUGCCAGCACGUGCGCCAUCCACAGCACUACUGCCGCCUGAGCCAAGAACACCAGCUCUGCAACCGGAAGCCGCCGUCCUCCAGCUGUGGCCGCCUGCUGUGGCGCGGUACGACUCUUCAGCAGCGGAAGCAUGUGCUCGAGAUGCACAACGUGAUCCGUAGUCAGGUGGCCAGGGGUAACGUCCAGGGCUUCGACGGAUUUCUGCCCCCUGCAGCCGAUAUGAUAGAGCUAGAAUGGGACGACGAGCUUGCCGAAAUCGCCCAAGCUCACGUUGAAAAAUGCAAGUUCUUACAUGACUGCGGUGACUGCAAGAAGACCGAACGGUUCCAUGGUGUUGGCCAAAAUCUCGGAUCUGCCUACCACUUCGACAUUUCUGAGAUUGACAAAAAAUUGAAAUUCGUGAUCGGCGAAUGGUACCGAGAAGUGCGCAUCUAUUCCCGGAGGGCAGUCGAUAUGUGGCGGAGCACCAAUGCAGGACACUUCACACAGAUGGUGUGGGGAAAGACGAGGGCCAUUGGCUGCGGCGUGCUGGCACGGACUAUGAUCAUGAACAACGACCCAGUUAUACGAACGGACAUUUUCUGCAACUACGGCGGCGUGGGUAACGUGGUGGACCAUCCCGUCUAUCAGCGGGGACCGCCGUGCUCCAGGUGCCCUCCCGGCACCCACUGCUCCCCGGUGUUCCCCGGACUCUGCGCCCCAAACAGGGCUUGAAACGCCGCUCUUCAGUGUUCCCCGGACUGUGCGUCCCGAACCGGGCUUAAAAGUCACACUCGCUGCGCCCGCUACUGCUAAAACAGAUUUUUUACUUUAUAAAACAGACGAUAAAGUUACGUAAUGCGCAUAAUUAGUAUGAAUAUUUGCUGACAGCGGUCUUCACUUAUGUAAACUAUGAAAUGUUUUUGUGUGUGUAUCCUGAUAUUCUAUGAGGUCGGAAAUAAACGGCUUGUAAGCUU